UCCCAGCCCUCAGAGGAGUUGGGGGAGCCGGUAUCAUGGGUGUUCUCCGCUGCCCGCUGCCUGCUCUGAUUCUGGUUCUCAUGCUGCCCCUGCUGGAGGGUGCUACAGAGUUCCAGUCAACCUGCGGGCAGUCGGUGGCCUCCGGCCGCAUUGUAGGAGGGCAGGAUGCCCAGAACGGGGCUUGGCCCUGGCAGGCCAGCAUCCGAUACAGCGGAGUCCACGUCUGCGGAGGGUCCCUCAUCACUGGGGAAUGGGUGGUGUCUGCGGCUCAUUGCUUCAAUUGGAGUCUGCUCCUCACUGCUUACUCUGUUUCCCUUGGGAGAUUCCAGCUGAAUAGCCAGAGUGCAAACGCCUUCACUUCUGCUGUGUCACAGAUCAUAAUCCACAGCGACUACAACCCCACCAGCCAUGCCUCAGACAUAGCCCUGGUGCACCUACACACACCCCUUCAGUACACCGCCUACAUCCUCCCCGUCUGCCUUCCGGACCCCAGUGAUUCCAUCGCGAAUGGCACCCCGUGCUGGGUCACCGGCUGGGGGAAGGUCCAGACGGAUGAAAGUCUCCCUGCACCCCGCACUCUGCAGGAGGUUCAGGUCUCACUCAUAGAUGUCGAGACGUGCAAUGACCUCUAUAGCAAACCCAUCACAGGGUCCCCGGGGUCACGCCCCAUUAAAGACGGCAUGGUUUGUGCUGGCUACCCCGAAGGAGGGAAGGACUCCUGCCAGGGGGAUUCUGGGGGACCCCUCGUUUGCUCGCAGGUUGGCUCCUGGUUCCUGAUUGGCAUCGUGAGCUGGGGAAUUGAGUGUGGCCUCCCCUACCGUCCUGGGGUCUAUACCCGGGUCUCGGCCUACUCUGACUGGAUCCAGCAGCAGCUCCCCAGUGUGGAAUUUGGGGUGGUUAAUGUCACCAUUAACCCUCAGCCUAAUGCUGGCUACACUCCAGCGCCCACCCCCCUGCUUCUCGGCACCCUCCUGCUGGCCAGUGCUGCCCCGGGGAUGGGGCCACCGCUUUCUAAGCUGCUAAGUUAACAAUCAGCCCUGCCAUGGAAAGGACAAGCCACCAGAAUUACAACCUAUGAUUAUAGGGCUGAGAGGGGAGUGGGAUCUAGUGGGUUAGUGACUGGGGGAGGGGACAGGGUGUCAGGACUCCUGGGUUCUAUCGCUGGCUUUGGGAGGGGAUUGAGAUCUGGUGGGUUAGAGCAGGGCUUGGGAGCAGGACUCCUGGGUUCUCUCCCUGGCUCUGCCACAGACUCCCUGUGUGACCUUCAGCAAGUCCCAGGUCUCUCUGAGUCUCAGUUCCCGUAGAUGUGAGAAGGGGAGAAUAAACGUGCCUUGGUCUGUUUAGAAAGUGAGCCCUUCGGGGCAGGGAUUGGCACCCACUGUGGGUCUGGGCAGUGCCAGCACAAUGGGGCACUGAUCUCAGUUGUAGUCUUUGCAUCACCUGGCACAAAGGAUUCCUGGCCCAUGUUCAGGUGUCGUAGGUCCUACAGUAACACAGAGAAUACUAGUAAUAAACGAUAUGUCUGUCUGUCUCGACUGCAUCUGUCUGUCUAGACUGUAUAUGCCUGGCUGUCUAGUUUGCUUUGUCUGUCUGUCAAAAUUGUUUCUGCCCCUCUGUCUAAAUUCUGCCUGUCUAGGCUGUCUGUCCCUUAAUAUCAGAGGGGUAGCCGUGUUAGUCUGGAUCUGUAAAAGCAGCAAAGAAUCCUGUGGCACCUUAUAGACUAACAGACAUAUUGGAGCAGGAGCUUUCGUGGGUGAAUAACCACUUCGUCGGAUGCAUGUCUAGACUGUGUCUGUCUGUACCGUCACCAUCUGUCUAUCUUGUGUUUGUCUGUCUAGGACGGGUCCAUCUCUCAUUACCCACAAUGAUACAAAAUAAAUAACCCCGAGAAUA